UAGUCACGUGAUAAGGGAACGUAUGGUGACCUUUAGUCACAUGACGAGAGACGGACUCGGCGCGGCCCUGAUUAACCCGGAACUGGCGCGCGGUUUCCGUGAGGCCCCGUCCGGCUUCGCGGACUGAAGGAGAGUAAGGGUAAGGAGGACUGGCCGCUGUGCUGGUAGACCAGGUGUACCCCAGCACCCAUCACUGGGCGCACAAGAAACAUCCUGAAUAGUUUGUGUUGCCCCAGCAGCUCCCUAUGCAGCACCCCAUGAAAUGAAUAAAGCACCGCAGCCUAUAGCAGGACCCCCAACAGCCCCUCUCCCUGCCCCCUCUCCUGGUCUCUCUCAGACUGCUUUUCCUCCUGGACAAGCAGGAGCCCCUGUAGUUUUUGCCACCCCACAGCCACCACAAAUGAACACGCCGCCCCAGCCUCGGCAGGGAGGAUUCCGAUCUCUGCAGCAGUACUAUGCCAACCGUCAGCCACCACCAAGCAGUGCUUCCAGAGUGCCUGCAAGUACGGCACCCCGGGCAGUGACUCCUACACAUGUAUAUCAGACUGGUUCCCAGAUGAUGAUGAUUCCACAGCCUCUUCCUUUUCCUGCUUCACAAGGUUCUGCAUAUUAUAUUCAGGGAGGACAGUACCGCUCCACUUACGUUGCACCAACACAGCAGUAUCCUGUGCCGACAGGGACACCCAGCUUCUACCCUAGCUCCAGUCCAGCAGAAUAUGGUACUUAUGCUGGAGCAUACUACCCCACUCAAGGUGUACAGCAGUACCCUCCUGCAGUUUCGGCUGCUCAAGUCAUGAUGAAUCCUGCCCAGCAAAUCCCACCGAAGCGAGAGCGCAAGCAGGUACUGCCAGCAAAGAUUAGAAUACGAGAUCCAAACCAGGGUGGCAGAGACAUUACAGAAGAGAUUAUGUCUGGAGGUAGGACAACCUCCACACCAACUCCUUCACAGACUGGCAGUUCGGGUUUGGAAAAUCUCUGUACCACGCAACCAAAUGGAGAGAGCAGCCAUCCUGUAGUCAUAAGGCCAGAUGAUAAUCAAAAAGUGCCAGUAGUCUUAACAAAGACUGGCCUGGAGCCUGAUAAGAUGGAGAUUGGCCUUGCCCCAAUAGAGCUGCAAAUGCACAUGUCUGAAAUAGACACUAAGAUGCCACCAUUGGAAAAGAAUGUGGAGUUUCAGGAAGUGAUCCCUGCCAACACUAUGGAUAGUUCUUCAGCAGUUGUUGCCAGCUCUGAUUCAUGUACAGAUUCUACUCCACCACUAAUAAACAAUUUUGCAUCUGAGGAGGUGAAAGAGGAGAUUGACAUUGUCCUUGCACCAGUUUCCAUGCUGGUUGAGCAGCCAGCAGUGGAAAUGCCGAUGGAGGAGCAAGUGGAAGAAACUGAGCAACAGUUUGAGGGAGAGAUAGAUGUAGUGGAGACCGCUAUUGAGGAACAACUGCCUGUGGCAGCCUGUAGUUUGCAGUCAGAUGAUUUUGUAUCUGCUCAAGAAAAUCCACCUGAAAGCAAUGGUGUGACAGUAGACCCUGACCCAGAGCCUAGCCAGGAGCCAGAAACUCCACAAGUUCUAUGUGAACUCCCAGUAGAGUCUCCUAUUGCCCAACCAGAGGAGCUUAAGUUGACCAAUGGACUAGCAGUGCCUGGAAUUCAGGACCUUGAGCCAUCUGAGGUGCAACCAGAGUCUGAUAUCAGUCCUAUUGCAGAGCCAGAAGUGGUUCCUGCAAAAGAGGAGGAACAGGCUCCCUCCAUCCCUGUUGCAGAUGAUCAGGAGAAGGAAGAAAGUCUCUUGCAGAAUGCUGCCCAGCCGGUAUUGAGCAGCCAGAGUGUGGAGAGCAACACACAAGUGCCUCCUGUCUCAGUGCCAAAAAAGAAAAGGAAGAUGAAGGAUCUUAAUAAGAAGGAGGCCGUGGGAGACUUGCUGGAUGCUUUUAAAGAGUCACAGAAAGCUGAGCCACCAGCUGAGCCAGAAACUACACCGCAGCCUGUGGCUCCCACACUAGACACUGAUCCAGUGCGGGCCUCCCCACCCGAGGAAACUGAUGAGACAUGGGAGGAGAAGGAAGACAAGCUAGAUUCAGAAAAUGUUGAGCCAGAGCCACCCAAGUCUGGAGACCAGAAGUAUCAGUACAAAGAAGAACAAUGGAAACCCAUCAAUCCUGAAGAAAAGAAGCAGUAUGAUAGGGAAUUUCUCUUGCGUUUCCAGUUCAUCUGUGCCAGCAUGCAGAAACCUGAGGGUUUGCCACACAUCAGUGAUGUUGUGCUUGACAAGGCAAACAAGACCCCACUGCGGCCAUUAGACCCCAGUCGUAUAACCGGCAUGAACUGUGGCCCUGAUUUUACACCCUCCUUUGCCAAUCUGGGAAGACAACCCACUGGAGGUAGAGGACUGCCCUCUGGCAUUGGUCCAAGAAGAUCUCAACAAGGUCAGAGAAAGGAGCCCCGAAAGAUCAUCCCAAAUGUAUCUCUCAGUGAUGACGUGCAACUCAACAAAGCUGAGAGAGCUUGGAAACCAGGAAAUAAAAGGUCAAAUAAAGAAGAAGAGCCAGAUGCAGUGAAAACACAGGAACUCUUCCGACGUGUGCGUAGUAUUCUGAACAAGCUGACCCCCCAGAUGUUUCAACAGCUCAUGAAGCAAGUUACAGAGCUAACCAUUGACACAGAAGAGAGGCUUAAAGGAGUCAUUGACCUAAUUUUCGAAAAGGCCAUCUCUGAGCCAAACUUCUCAGUUGCCUACGCCAAUAUGUGCCGCUGCCUUAUAACACUGAAAGUGCCCACAACAGAUAAGCCUGGAGUGACUGUGAACUUCCGUAAGCUCCUUUUGAACCGCUGCCAGAAAGAGUUUGAAAAGGACAAGGAUGAUGAUGAGGUCUUUGAAAAGAAACAGCAAGAGCUUGAUGCAGCCUCUGGGGACGAUGAGAAACAGCGACUCAAGGAAGAACUAGAAGAGGCAAAGGAUAAGGCCCGUCGACGUUCACUGGGUAACAUUAAGUUUAUUGGUGAACUUUUCAAGCUGAAGAUGCUCACAGAACCCAUUAUGCAUGAUUGCAUUGUCAAAUUGCUCAAGAAUCAUGAUGAGGAAUCUCUGGAGUGCCUGUGUCGACUGCUGUCCACUAUUGGCAAGGACCUGGACUUUGAAAAGGCCAAGCCUCGCAUGGAUCAGUAUUUUAAUCAGAUGGAGAAAAUAAUCAAGGAGAAGAAGACUUCUUCUCGAAUCCGUUUCAUGCUUCAAGAUGUGCUGGAUCUGAGAAGGAACAACUGGAUUCCUAGAAGGGGAGAUCAAGGCCCUAAAACAAUUGACCAGAUCCAUAAAGAAGCAGAAAUGGAGGAGCACAGAGAACAGAUCAAGGUGCAGCAGCAACUGCUUUCUAAAAAAGACACCCGAAGGGGAGGAUCUGGUGGAACACAUUCUUCAGUGGGCAGAAUCAGUCAGCCACAAGAUGAGGGCUGGAACACGGUACCUAUCAGCACCAAGAACCGUCCAAUUGAUACCAGCCGCCUCAGCAAAAUUACUAAGCCUGGUGCAUUGGAUUUUAAUAAUCAGCUGCUGGCACCUGGAGGUAGACUAAGUUGGGGAAAAGGCAGCAGUGGAGGCUCGGGAGCCAAGCCCAAUGAACAGGCCCCAGAGUCUGGGAGGCCGACAACAAGUACGUUGAAUAGGUUUUCUGCUUUGCAGCAGUCAUCUUCCUCAGCAGAAAGUGACUCGCGCAGAGUUGUGCAGAGGAGCAGCUCAAGCAGAGAACGCAGUGAUCGGUAUGACAGGGGAGAGCGCAGUGACCGGUAUGACCGAGGAGAGCGCUUUGACCGUUCAGAUAGGACUGAUCGCUUUGAGAGAAGAGAAGGUGGGGAGAGGCAAGCAGACAGAAAUAGACCCCCAAUCACUAAAAGAAGCUAUAGCAAAGAAACUGAUGAUCGUAGCCGGGAGAGAGAACACCGUGGUUCCCAAGACCCCUUGCGCAGGGUAGCAAGUAUGACUGAAGAGAGAGACCGCAGCAGCCGGGAGCGAGACAGGAGUAAAGAGUCAGCUAAGAGAGAGGCUGUUGUAACACCUGUUCCAUCAAAACCAGCUUUGAGUGAGGAUGAUAUGGAGAAAAAAUCGAAAUCCAUCAUUGAGGAAUUUCUGCAUAUUAAUGAUAUGAAAGAAGCCAUGCUUUGUGUCCUGGAGAUGAACUCUACCUCGCUACUCUUCAUCUUUGUACGGAAUGGCAUUGAGUCAACAUUGGAGAGGAGUACAAUAGCCAGGGAGCAUAUGGGUCUACUACUGUACCAGCUGGUCAAAGUGGGAACACUGACAAAGGAGCAGUAUUACAAAGGUCUGCAGGAAAUACUAGCCAUUGCAGAGGAUAUGGAGAUUGAUAUUCCACACAUUUGGUUAUACUUGGCAGAAAUAAUUACGCCAAUUCUUCAUGAAGGAGGAAUUCACAUGGGAGAACUUUUCAGGGAGGUGACCAAACCGCUUGUGCCACUGGGCAAGGCUGGCCACUUGCUUGUUGAAAUCUUACUGCUUCUCUGCAAAGAAAUGAGUCAUAAAAAGGCAGGAGCCUUGUGGCGAGAAGAGGGACUCAGCUGGAAGAACUUUCUACCAGAGGAUGUGGAUGUAAAUAAGUUUGUCACUGAAAAGAAAGUAGAGUUCACCUUGGGUGAUGAUAGUGAAAAACCAAGCAAAAAAGAGUUGUCCUUUGAGGAGCUGUGUCGACUUUUGGACAAACUGCUGCAGGAGAAAGCGGACAACCAAAGAAUAUACGACUGGGUUGAGGCUAACCUAGAUGAGCAACAAAUUGUUUCAAAUACUUUUGUCCGGGCAGUGAUGACAUCAGUCUGUCAGUCAGCAAUCAUUUUUGAAAAUCCUUACCGUGUAGACAGCAAACAGAUUGUUCAGAGAGCCAAGGUUCUCCAGAAGUACUUGACAGAUGAGCAGAAGGAACUGCAAGCACUCUAUGCUCUACAAGCCCUGAUGGUCAAACUGGAACAACCACCCAACUUGUUGCGCAUGUUUUUUGAUGCUCUCUACGACGAGGAUGUAAUCAAAGAAGAGGCCUUUUACAAGUGGGAGUCUAGCAAAGACCCAGCAGAGCUGCAAGGCAAAGGAGUUGCACUAAAAUCUGUCACUGCCUUCUUCACCUGGCUGCGGGAAGCAGAAGACGAGUCGGACAACAACUAACAGCAUGUGCACCUGUGGAACUUGGUUUGAUACAUGGCUUGCAUUAGGAUUAAGGAGUGAGCUGCUUGACACUGCAGCAGCUUGGCAAUGCAACAAGCCAUUUUCCCCCUUUCUUACCCCUUUGAAGAAUGUCUAACAAAAUUUAAAAAGAAAAAAAAAGAAAAGGACUUGGAAAGAGAGAGAGAGUGCAAUCCCUCAAGUGUUCAGUUUUUUAUCUUUUAGUUUUAAAUCUCUAUAGUUCGUCUUGUUAAUUAAAUAAACUAAAGGCUGCUCUUUACAAAUGUACAAUUAAGUGGCACUCUGAGAGGGUGUUUUUUUUUUUUUUUUUUUUUAUGUACAAGAAACAAAAUGCAAUUUGGGGACAGCUCGACAUGGCAGUCGGACUUUGCAGAAGUGGAAUGAUGUGCCAGGCUGUUCCCAGGUUUGGACGACUGGGGCUGGAUGAACUUGAGUUCAUUUUCACUCGAUUCCUGCUCAUUGAAUUCCUACACUAUAAGGGGGGGGGAAGCCCCUGUCUGUAGCGGAAAAAUAUAUAUAAAAUAUAUAUAUAAAUAAAUAUAAAUAAUCAUUAAAAACUUGAAGAGAGAGAGAUCACACUUUAAAUGAGAAACAGUACAGCUCCUAGAAUCCUUUCAGCUAGAAAAAAGAUUUUAGGACAGUCCUGUAAAUAGAUUUUUUUUUUUUUUUUUUUUUUCCUCUGAAAACAGCUAAUGUAAUGCCAUGUAACUUUUGCCGCCUUCGGACUUUGAUUUCCCGGCAUCGGCGGACACUUCUGUAUUUAUAGUUUUCUCUCCUGAGUUACCAUGAGGUGCUUGUAAUUAUCCACAUGAACUCUGAUUACAAUUUAAAUGAAAUUUGUAAAUACUUUUUUGCUUUAAGUAUUUAAUUAAAAGAUUAAUGCCUCUUUUCACAUUCGCAACUGGAAAGAACAGAAUAAAGAUGAAUUGCAAAUAAAGGCUGUCAGCUUGCUGCAAA